AUGUCCAAAGUCGUCUUCCAAACCAGUCCCUCUUGGGAAACUUUAGGAACGGUGCCAACAUCACUGCCGCAACAAGCACCUGACACUACUGUCCAAGCCUAUAACCCAUUUGGGUUUGAAAUUACACUAGAUUUUCCAUUUGGUUUUAACAGCUCCUCCGUUUUCUUCCCAUCGCCCGCCGCCGCACCAUCACCGGACGAUGUGGUACCUGAAAGCAUUUACCAUAACCCUGGUGCACCAUCCUCGCCGGUAUGGGCUAAUGGUAGUAGCACGCAAUUCACAACGCAAUUUAACGAAAGGGACGGAGACGGGCCGAACGAAUCCGAUGAGGCACGCUUACAAAAAUGCUCGGUUGAGGGCUGCGAUAAAAGAUACAAGAGGGCGGAGCACAAAGUCCGCCACGAGAAGGGGCACAACGAAGAGGCUACAUAUGGGUGCCAUCCUAACUGCAAACGCAAGUACGUCGUGCGAAAAAGCCGAAUUGACAACCUCCGGCAGCAUGCCAAGAAGCAUAUAAAAGGCACCCUCAUGGCGAAUAAAAUCGAGGGUAUUGAGCAAUGGGUGGAGGAAAUGUAUCCCAAGGGUAAUAGAGGGGGUCGUCGUUGAGCCGCAGGACUGAGGCUGCAUUAUGGAUUCCUGACGUUGGAAAUUUGCUGCUGAUCGCAGUACAAAGAGGGAGCUUGCCGGCGAGCUGACGU